GAAUUCUGAUGUGAAGUGAACUUUUCUUCUGAAUUCUGAUGCGAACGGAGGUAAUUCUGAUGUGAACGGAGGAAAUCGCAUGGACCAACCAUAGAAGCAGAUUCCAGCUGCUCAGCCGCUUCCCUCCCCUCCUGCCAGCGAGUUCCAGCAAGUCUGCAGAUGUGCCACCAAUCUUGGCUUGAGCGAGUGCUAACUGUAUCUGGUGUAUGUUCAGACAAUUCAGUGGUGAAAGACAUUAGACAAAUGCCCCAAGGCACGCUAGCUCAUGGAAUGAAGGAGGUGGAAGUGUGCCUUCAGACAUUUGGUCCAGGCCAAAGGACACCCAUCCACAGGCACUCAUGUGAGGAAGUUUUUGUUGUGUUGAAAGGGAAAGGCACACUCUUUCUGGGAUCAAGCUCAAUGAAGUACCCUGGCCAGCCUCAGGAGAUCCCUGUCUUUCAGAACAGCACAUUUACUAUCCCUGUAAAUGAUCCUCACCAGGUUUGGAAUUCUGAUGAGCAUGAGGAUUUGCAGGUUAUUGUGGUCAUAUCGCGCCCGCCUAUCAAAGUGUUUUUCUACGAUGACUGGAAUAUGCCUCACACGGCUGCAAAACUGCAGUUCCCCAUCUUCUGGGACGAGGAAUGCUUAAUUGCACCUAAAGAUGAACUCUAG